CAGUCUCGACCAAGUUCUAACUCCACAGUCCUCUCGAACAUUCGAACACCUGCCGCGCAUGUUAGACUACUGUCGUCUCUGCAAUCAAAAACCCAACGGAGAGAGAGAUCGGCGGUGGAGCCAGAAAAAUUUGCCGGCACAUGUUAACUCCGCCGGAGAAUUAAAACUGUAACCAUUGGUAUAGAGAUACGCCCCUCCGUUACACACACGGCGCAAGUUAGUACUCUGCAUUUGCAUCAAUGGCGGAACCUGUAGACUACUCGAAAACCCAAAGGAUAGUGCUCCUCAUAGAUCUGCACCCACUUCUCACUCUUCAAAACCCUAGCAACCACUACCUCACCUCCAUUCUCGUGACCUCCACGCGCCUCCUCACUUUCCCAUCUCUCUCCAACUCGCUUUUCGCUUUCAAACUUUUCUUCUCCUCACUUUCCCCUCUCCGUUCCUCCUCCGCCGUUAAUCGCUUGUUCCCGAACCUCUCCGUCGCUUCCCUCGCUUUCAACCACCCGUCUCAAACCCUAAAUUCCAUCACUGAAAUCCUAAAUUCCCUCUCGCUGCUGCCAAUCGAAUUAGAGGCAAAUUAUCGUAGGGCUUGUCACACUUCCGGUUCUCUUCUCCAGCUAGUAAAUGAUUAUGCUUGGGAGUCUGAAAUUGAGAGUCCUCCAGGUAAGUUAACUGGUGAGAUUCCUAAGAUAUAUCGAAAUUUGGUUAUUUUGUUUUCGCCUAUUUGUAGAUCCUUGAGUAAUUUAGCUGAGUAUAUGAAUGUGAAUGUGAAUUCUGAAAUUUUUAAGGAUUUCGAAGGUUUUAUGGUCAAAUUCAAUGAAAUUUUUGGUCUUGUGAGGAACUCUUUCUAUAAUAGAAGUAUUCAUUUUAGUUGGAUCGGCGUGAAUGAUUUAAAAAAGGAGGGAGAGAAGGUUGAAUUUGUUGAUGAAGGUGAAUGGUCGUCCAUGUUGGAGAGUGGAAUUAGAAAUUUGGGCUGGGGGAUUAGUUCAACUAAUUCCGUUGUUUUAGGUUCCGCUCUGAUUCCAUUUGGAUUGAUAUAUCCUGAAAUUGGGGCCUCAUUUGAUUUUAUGAAAAGCAUUGGUUCAUCUGAUAGAAGUUCUGCGCAACUGAAUCUUGAGAUCCUUGAUGUCAAUGGGAAGCCUUUGGAAUGCAAGUUUUGUGAUCUCGAAUUGCUCAAUUUCACGACGUUACCCAGGCUUAGAUCUGAAGAUAUUCUGAAUACACUAGGUUUUGGAGACAAGCGAAAUGAAGGGUGUGAUCGAGAAGAAUUGUUUUGGUCUUGUCUUGGUGAAGGUUCAGUAAAGAUGCAUCUCAAGGCUGUGAAGAAGUACAAUGUAGGGGAAAAAAUUGAAGGAUGCUCGUCUAGUUAUGUUUUAGUGCAGGAGUCAACCAGAUGCAAAACUAAAUACUGUAGCGAUACUUUCGUUGAUGGAGUCCUUGAUGUACUAUUUGGAGUGAAGGGUCAGCAUGCCCCAGGAAAUUCCACAGUCAUGUGGAAAAUUCUUCUCAGUUUUUUGUAUAAAGAAAGCUAUUGGGUUUUAGUAACUCUAUCUAGUAGCAACGGAAAUACAAUAACGGGUGUCCUCAGGCCUUUGACAGCGCAAUUGGCUCUUCUUUCAAGCAUAGAAGAAGCUAAUUGUGGAUCAAACUCAAAACAGAUGAAUGACAGGAUCUGUGGAAGCUCUAAUGAAAUCAACGACUCUCACGGGUUGAUUGGCUCCCAAACCGAGUCUUCAACAUCUGCUAAUUGUGAAUCACUAGGGGUCGGGAAAAGAGAAAAGAAUAAGAAGUCUUCAACCCGGGAUUUGACUUUGAGUUCAUUCCUCAAGGCAGCAUUUGAGUGUAAUGAUUUUGAGUUGGUAGAGCUUUGUUUUGCCAGACAAAUUGAGAAAUCAAAGAAGCUGAAAUUCUUGAAGUGCUGGAUGAAACAGAUCAAGAAGACCAGCACCUGCUUGCUAACAGCUGCAGAUUCAUGUAAAAUACAACUGGAACAGCCACCGUCUAUAUAUUUUCCCUCUGAUUCAACCCUCAUGCUGGAGGGAGAUGCACCUCUGGUAUACUCAGAAACUGCAGAAGCCUUCUUCACUAAUCUACGAAAGAAAAUCCAGCAUGGUCUACAAUCUGGAAGAGACUUGCACACUUUAGCAGAGCGACUAGUGAAGUCAUCAGUACAUGCAUUAUCUAAGAAGUAUGAGACAGAUGACACUAUAGGAGGCCAAUCUCGAAUUCCGAAAGCAAGUGAUUCAUGUGCCAAAAGUGCCCUUCCUGAACUUAUGAAGUUCCUGCUAAGAAAGCCCAAAGAAAUGAAAGAGAAGCUGAAACAUGAGGAUCCCUCCUCUGAAGUAUCUGAUUUCAGUUCAACCUCGGAAAGUAUUGUUCGAGAAUUUGAAUUGCAGAUAUUGCUUCGGAUGGAAAUCCUUCGAUCAACCUUUUCGGAGAGUAUUAAGGAGUCAUCGAAGCAGAGGCUUGUUAAAGAGAUCUGCUCCUUUUUAGAGAUCAUUCAAUACCUUGUUGAAGGAGGGAUUCAUGGUCGUGUUAGUCUCUAUGAUUAUGUUGAACGCAAUAUUAGGACACGGUACAAGGACAUUCUCGAAGAUGUUGUGAAUAGAAUCUACACACAAAUGGAUCUACUUCCAUUUGGUGAUGAAGAUGAAAAACAGUCCCUUCUAUUCAACAGUGAGGACAGUAAUCAGUCUUGGAGGGAUAAACAAGAUAGAUAUGAAACGGCUGAAGCCAACUACACGCGAUCAGCAGAGAAUGAGUCUUGCCAACCACCAGAAGAUGUUGGUGAGAGCUCCCAAGGGAUUAAAGUGGGGGAUCAUGCCCGCAAGUUAAGUGAAGCUCGUGAUAGGAGAGAGAAGGCUCGACGAUUUGGAUCUUUCACAAGGAUGCCAGAUCUGCAAAGAGUUUGGGCCCCGAAGCAGCUUAAUGUUGUAAAAACAAAGUGUGAAGAGCAGAAGGAACUGAAGAGGAAAGAGCGGAAAAGAGGUUACGGAAGUGUAGUAUAUGAGACACCAAUGAGUGGAAAGAACUGGUCAUUCUCUCAAAAUGCUGGUGAUGAGGAUGAAAAGCUAAAACAGAGCUCUUCUUCUGUUUCCAAGGCUCUCUUUCAGGAUUGAUGAUGACAAGUUGCACCAGUAUUUUAGCUAUGAUUCUCAUUAGAGGAAUACUGUUGUAGCGAGUGAAGCAUGUUGUCUCUAAUUAGAGAGAAAAGCGAAGCAUGUUAUUUACUUUGUUGAAUUAUUUUGUAGAUAUAGAAAACAUUUCCUGCACUGACAGGAAAAUGUUAAUAACAAAAACUGGUUUUCCUCAA